CAGACCCGAUCCGUCUCGUCUCGUCUCGUCUCGUCUCGUCCCAUCCCGGCCCGGCCCGCCACGCAGCGACCCCCCGACGGCGCGGUGCCGCGGCCGUCGAGAAGCUUUGUAGCCGCGGGUGCGGGGACCGGGAGUCCCCUGCCUCCGGCUGCCGGGCUCGGACGCUGAGCCGCGGUGAAUGCAAGCCGCGCCGCCGAGGAGCCAUGGCUGAGGGACGCGCCGCCGACUGGGAGAUCGACGUGGAGAGCGUGGAGGGGGAGGUGACCGAGGCCCCCGGCGCGCCGCGCAGCAGCACCGGCCCGGAGGAGGAAGAGGAAGGGGAGGAAGGCGAAGAAGCGGCGGCGGCGGCGGCCCCGCGGCGGGGCGAGCCGCGGAAGCUGAGCCGCACGCCCAAGUGCGCCCGGUGCCGCAACCACGGGGUGGUGUCGUGCCUGAAGGGACACAAGCGCUACUGUCGCUGGCGCGACUGCCAGUGUGCCAACUGCCUGCUGGUGGUGGAGCGGCAGCGCGUCAUGGCCGCCCAGGUAGCCCUCCGACGGCAGCAGGCCACCGAGGACAAGAAGGGGCUGGCGGGGAAGCAGGCGAGCCUGGAGCGCAAAGCUGUGUACCAGAGGCACGCCCGGACGCCCAGCCUCCUGGCCAAGAGCAUCCUGGAAGGUUACCGUCCUAUUCCAACAGACCCUUACCUGGGAGGGAAUUCACCCUUGCCACCUCCUGUAAGUGACAGGAUGAGAAAGAGACGGGCUUUUGCUGAUAAAGAGUUGGAGAACAUUAUGCUAGAGAGAGAGUAUAAAGAGAGAGAGAUGAUGGAAGCUACACAAGCAGCUGCCCUUUUUCUCCCUAACCGCAUGAUGCAUGGAGCUGAAUACAAUUCGUAUAAAACAGCCUUCAACACUACUCAAGCUGAGACUCCAAACAAGGAGUUUUGCAAUUUUUUGCCAACCUGCCUUGAUCUAACCAUGCAGUAUUCAGGAUCCAGCAACAUGGAACUGAUUUCUUCAAAUGUCAGUGUAGCUACUACCUACAGGCAGUAUCCCCUGUCAUCCAGGCUCUUAGUGUGGCCCAAAUGUGGUCCCAUUAGUGAUGCUCUCCUCUACCAGCAAUGCCUGUUGAAUGCUACUACUGUCCAAGCUGUCAAACCUGGGACAGGUUGGGAUGCCAAGGUCUCACAAAGCCAGGACUGUCCAAACACCGAUCACGACAUCAUGUCUCCAAAACUGGAAAAUUCAUUCAUUCUGACCCACACGCAAGACGUUCAGCAGACAUGUAAUGAGAUGCCAUGCCUUCCUCAGGAAGCUCGUGAGAGAUCAGCUUUCUCUCCUCCAAAAAGGACUUUCUCUCAAAUUUCUGAUAAGGAUUCUCUGACUCCUCAGGAACAGGUAUUAAGCAAGAUCAGUAAAGACAGUGCCAAGCCCCCUCCACCGUUCAAAUACAGUCCAUUUCAAUCACUGUUCCAGCAAAGGCUUCCUGACAGAUCAGGAGCAGAAUUGAGAACAUCCUUUGUGAAGGAGGCUUUUGAAGAUGCUCCUAAGAAAUACAGAGAGUGUGCCAUUAAAGAGAACCAAAAAUACAAGUUUACAAUAGGCAAAUGCACAAAAGACUUAUUUGCGGCCAAACAGCCCACAACAAAACUUUCAACAGCUGAGCCACUGUCAUUUUCAGUUGAAUCCAUCCUUAAACGACCUUCUUCUGCAGUUGCUAAUGUCUCUCAAUGAGUAAACUAUACCUUCAAAGUAGUGAGUUUCUAUGCUUUGCCUUCUGCAGAAUUGCUACUGCCUGCCUUGCCCCUUAAAAGAUUUGUAGGGAGGAUUUGCUGCUGUAAAUGGUAAUCCUUUCUUUUAUCUCAAAAUGAUGUAGAUAA